UCAGAGUCAGAGGUAUUCUGUGGAUUGAAGUGUCAGAUAUUCAUGAAGGGGGAGAGGAAUAAUUUUAAAAUUGAAAAAAAUUCGUAUCAACAUUUCAACUACUUCAUAUUCCUUUCUGCCUAAAUGUAAAAUGUCGGAAAGUUCGCAAAGUAGAUUUGAGAAAUCUUUAGGUUUAUUAACGACCAAAUUUGUUAACCUUUUACAAAAAUCAGCAGGUGGAGUUUUAGAUCUCAAAGUGGCAGCCGAUAUGCUUGAAGUCAGGCAAAAAAGGAGAAUUUAUGAUAUAACAAAUGUAUUAGAGGGCAUUGGUUUGAUAGAGAAGAAGAAUAAAAAUAGUAUACAAUGGAAACCUUAUACUUAUAAAAACUCAUUACCUGGUUGUAAUACACAGGAAUUUGCAAUUAAAGCAACUAAUUUAAAAAAGGAGCUUUCAAAACUGGAUGAAUAUGAACUGGAAUUAGAUAAACAUAGGACAUGGGUUGAACAAAGUAUCAAAAAUAUUACAGAAGAUAUAGAAACCAAAAAAAUGUUAUAUAUUACGCAUAAUGAUUUAAAGAAAUGCUUUUGUGAAGACCAAUCUGUUGUUGUUGUUAACUGUCCUGUGGGAGCAACAAGUGUUAAGUUUCAAAAUACUGAUGAUCAAUAUUGCCUUAAAAUGAAAUCAUUUUCAAACCCUAUGAUAGCAAAUUUAUUGACUUAUGAGGGUGAACCUGAAAUUCAAAUCAAGAAAAAGGAUAAUUUUGUGAGAAGAGAAGCUGAUGAAAAUGAAUCACAUGCAAAAAGAAAGAAAUUCGAGGUAGAUGAGGAUCCGGAUUUGGCUGCUGCUGAAAUAAUAUUUAGAAACAAUAGAGACAGAAGAAGAAAUAACGGUAUCAGGAUAUCUGAUGGGGUUGACCCCUUUUUGAGAUUGAGCCCCGUACCUCUGAAUGAAGAUUACAACUUUAGUCUAGAUGAAACUGAAGGUGUUACAGAUCUGUUUGAUAUUAAAGACCAAAAUAAUGUAAUCAAAAAUGACCUAUGACAUGUGAUUUAGUAUGUAUUUUACUGUAUAUUAUUGAGAUCAAAAUUUAUAUUGGUAUAUAAAAAAAUCAUUUUCAUUAUGUAUUGCUUCCAGUAAUUCGUUAAUUUGUUAUUGUUUUUUUUUUCUUUGAAAAAUGGAUAUAUGAAGAAAUUAAUUUUGUAUUUUUUUAAAAUGUACAUUUUUAUGGAAUGAUACAUAAUUAAAGAUUGUAUUGUGUAUCAAAA